ACUAGUCAGAAAAAUCAAGAGAAUGGUAAGAGAAGUGGAUGGGGACAGGGGAAUGUGAAAUGGAGCUGAGACGAUCCUUAUAGACUCGGAUUAUCCUUCAUCCUUCAUCUAAGUCAGCAGUGAAAUGGACUCGUGAUAUUUCAGAAAGAGGAUCCUAGAUGACAAAGGGCAGAAGAAAGGGAAGUGUUCUGCAUUUGCAUUCUGGUCCCAGGAGUGUGGGGUCUCUCACAAAGUGCAGGGAAAGGAGGACGGACCUGCAGUUCUGGAAAAAUGGGAGAAGUUGUGCGGACAGUGGUGUUCAUGAUGGCUCUCAUCAGCUGCAAUGCCCUCCUGGAUCUGUCUGGUGUCCACGAGGUCAAGGGCACGUGGAUGGGAUCCACCACUUUACCAUGUACCUACAGGCCCUCAGACGAUUUCACACAGGAAACGCUUAUCUGGAGCAUGGAGCGAGACGACAGCACCUCCACCGUCUUUCGGCGGGAUGAUUCUGGUGACCACGUCUUGUUGUCCAAGUUCCGAGAUCGGGUCAGUGUCCCGAAGCACAGCCCAGGGGAUGCCUCGCUCCUGAUCGAGAAGCUUGAAAUCCCCGACAGCGGACACUACACCUGUCAAGUCAUCUGGAGGUCUAAAAAUAACAGCCUGAUAAAAAAGGAGGUGACCACUACGGUUAAAGUUGUCAAAGUUGCAGCGACCAAGCCCGUCAUCAGGGCCAGCGAGCCGGGGCUGACUUUCGCGCCAGGAGCCAGGACCAGCCUGACGUGCGUGGCCAGCGGGUCCCCCCCCAUCAGCUACCGCUGGUUCAGGAGCGGCCCGGGGGGGGAAGCCCGGCUCCUGAGCAGCCAGGCCGAGCUGGCGUGGGACAGCCUGCAGCCCUCCGACACCGGCACGUACUUCUGUGAGGCAGAAAACAGGGUUGGGGCCAGGGCUGUGCAGCAGAGCGACGCCGUGGAGCUGACGGUGAGCGAGCGCCCGGUCACACGGCAGCCCAGCCCCGAGGCCGGCAGGCCCCAGCCCACCCCCCGAGGCGAUGUGCCCCAGCGAGUGCCCACAGGUCCCCCUCAGGCCGCGCCGCCCCCGCACCUCUACGCGCUGCCGGCCGCGCUGGGGGUCGCCGCGCUGGGGGCGCUGGCGGCCGCGCUGCUCCGCCGGCGGCGGCGCAAGGCGGAACCUCUCUAUGAAGUUGCUUUCCAUAGCACUGCAGAUGACACAAGAUUGGAGGCUGAUGUGGAAGUCCCUGAUAGCUGCCUACUCAAGGAGACAAAUUCUAAGACUGAAACACCCAGUGACACUUUCCCCAUGCAAGACAACGGCUAUGACAACAUACGCAUCACGAAAAAUCCUGAUUAUGAGAAUCUUGUGAAUGCAAUGGAAUCAGAAUAUUAAAUAGAAAAAGUUUAGUAGAGAACCAGCUUUUCCAAACAACGGCUGUGCAGGGCUGCAGAUGUUAGGCGUUAAACCCUACCAGAGGAAACUCUUCUUCCUGUCUGCCUUCUGCUGUAAAAACUAUACCAGUCUCACUCCUUUCUUUAACCCAGGGGACCUGCAUAACCUUCUUGGGCUUUGGCAAAGGAGGCCCUGCCCAUCCGUGCGGAAAACCUCGGCCAAGGGGCUAUCUACCUACUUUUAUAGAGCGAAUAAUUUCUGAGCAGCCUGAAGGACCAAAGCGAGGAAGAGAAGAUCUGAAGGAGUGGAAACACAAAUGUCUUCAGCCUGCAAAUCAAGGUGCAGCUGGGUGCAAUGCUGCUAGCCCAUAGCACCAGCAGGGUGUACUCUCAAGUGCAUGUUCCUCCUGCCAGCCUGCAAGGAGCCACGGAUGGUGCUGGAAAUGGACUCCCUCUGGCUUUUAUAGAUCAACGAAAACUGAAAGUACAUCCUGCUUGUCCCUGAGUCUUUGUUGUUAGAGCAUGUUAAAGGGACCACAGAGGUGAGUUGAUGUCUCAGGAAUGUCAUUUUUUGCUAUCAGGCUGGAGCUCAUUGAUAGAGGAAGAGGGAAUGUCCCUGUAGGUGAUGAGCCUCCUAACUUUCAUUCCAUGGCAUUGCUCAACACAUUGGUUUGCUCUAAAAAUCAGUUACUUUUAAAAAAUAUUCUGCACCUCCCUGUA